GUUUCCGGAGGAAUGUGCCUCCCGAUUAGCCGCCUUACAUCACUUCCUAUGGUGCUGGCGGAAGUUGCUUCUGAGAGCAUUGAGAUUUGGAAGAGUGAGCGGAAGUGGUUGCGUUUGGUCGGUACCGGGUAGUCGCGAUGGCGGCGGUGGAUUCGGAUGUCCAGUCGCUGCCGCGUGGGGCUUUCCGCUGCUGCCUCUGCCACGUUACUACAGCCAACCGACCCAGUCUGGAUGCUCACUUGGGAGGCCGGAAGCACCGGCAUCUGGUGGAACUACGCGCUGCCAGAAAGGCCCAGGGACUUCGAAGUGUGUUUGUCAGUGGCUUUCCCCGGACUGUGGAUUCUACUCAGCUUUCUGAGUACUUCCAGGCGUUUGGACCUGUGGCCAGUGUUGUCAUGGAUAAGGACAAGGGAGUAUUUGCCAUCGUGGAGAUGGGGGAUGUGGGUGCCCGGGAAGCUGUUCUGUCGCAGCCCCAGCACAGCCUGGGAGGACAUCGCCUGCGGGUCCGUCCACGGGAACAGAAAGAAUUCCAGAAACCCACCUCCAAAUCUCCCAAAGGAGCGGCCCCUGACAGUCACCAGCUAGCUGCAGCACUAGCUGAGGCCCCAGAUGUGGGGGCACAAAUGGUAAAGCUGGUGGGGCUGAGGGAGUUGUCCCACGCCGAGCGGCAACUUCGGAGCCUCGUGGUGGCCCUGAUACAGGAGGUCUUCACAGAGUUCUUCCCUGGCUGUGUGGUCCAUCCUUUUGGCUCUUCCAUAAACAGCUUUGAUGUCCAUGGCUGCGAUCUGGACCUCUUCCUGGAUCUGGGUGACUUGGAAGAGUCCCAGGCAGUCCUAAAGGCUCCAGAGUCUCCAUCCUUGGACUCGGCCCUCGCAUCCCCACUGGAUCCUCAGGCCCCAACCUCCCCUUCAGACUCACAGCCUCCAGCUUCUCCCCAAGACUCGGACGCCUUGGACUUUGAAACCCCUUCCUCCUCCCUGGCACCUCAGACUCCAGACUCAGCUCUGGCCUCUGAGACCCUUGCUUCUCCCCAGUCCAUGCCUCCAGCCUCACCACUGCAGGAAGAACAGGGAGAGGGGGACUUGGGAAAGGCUCUGGAACUAGCAGAGGCCCUGAAGGGGGAGAAAACAGAGCAGGGAACCAUGCUGGAGUUGGUGGGGUCCAUUCUUCGGGGCUGUGUUCCUGGAGUAUACCGAGUCCAAACUGUGCCCUCUGCCCGACGCCCUGUGGUCAAGUUCUGCCAUCGGCCUUCAGGUCUCCAUGGUGACGUCUCCCUCAGUAAUCGGCUGGCCCUGCAUAACUCCCGCUUCCUGAGUCUGUGCUCUGAGUUGGAUGAGCGAGUGAGGCCCCUUGUGUACACCCUCCGUUGCUGGGCGCAGGGUCGAGGGCUGUCAGGGAGUGGCCCCCUUCUCAAUAACUACGCCCUGACCUUGCUCGUGAUCUAUUUCCUUCAGACCAGGGACCCUCCUGUAUUGCCCACUGUGUCCCAGCUCACUCAGAAAGCAGGUGAGGGCGAACAGGUGGAGGUUGAUGGUUGGGACUGUAGUUUCCCCAGAGAUGCCUCGAGACUGGAGCCCAGCACCAAUAAGGAGCCCCUGAGUUCCCUGCUGGCCCAGUUCUUCUCCUGCGUCUCUUGCUGGGAUCUUCGUGGCUCACUGCUGUCCCUGAGGGAGGGUCAGGCACUGCCUGUGGCAGGGGGCCUGCCCACUGAUCUCUGGGAGGGUCUGCGUCUCGGCCCCAUGAAUCUCCAGGACCCCUUUGACCUGAGUCACAAUGUGGCAGCCAAUGUAACCAGCCGGGUAGCUGGGCGGCUCCAGAACUUCUGCCGAGCAGCAGCCAAUUACUGCCGAAGCCUCCAGUACCAGCACCGUUCUUCCCGGGGUCGGGACUGGGGGCUGCUCCCCCUUUUGCAGCCCAGCUCCCCUAGCUCCCUGCUGUCUGCAACACCCAUCCCCUUACCUCCUGCUCCCUUCACCCAGCUCACUGCUGCCCUGGUCCAGGUGUUAAGGGAAGCAUUGGGGUGCCAGAUAGAACAGGGAACCAAGAGACUGCGGUCAGAGGGAGGUGGAACUGGGGACUCUCCCUGGGGAGGGUCAUGCAAAAGACUGAAACUAGAUGGACAGAAUAAAAGCUCUGAGGAGGGGGAGCAGGAGCAGCAGGGGUGUGCAGGGCACCACAGCGAAGAUGAGGUGGAAGAAAUGGUGAUAGAGGCUGGAGAGACAGUGCAGGCCUGGGCCAUGCAGAGCCCUGGGCAGCCAGGGGAGCCUCCCCUAAUGACUGCAAAGCUUCUAGCUACUGGAGAAGAGGAGCAGUCAGGCCAUGCAGUACCGGCAGGGCAGGGCCCCAAAGGCUCUCAGGCAGCCCAAGGACGGUCCCAGGUUGAGACAAAAAAGGGGGUGUCAUCACUCUCAUCAGUGAGCUGGCGCUGUGCCUUGUGGCACCGAGUGUGGCAGGGGCGGCGGCGUGCCCGGAGAUGCUUGCAGCAGCAAACCAAGGAGGGCGGUGCAAGCGGUGCUGGCACAGGAGUAGGGUGGCUGGCGACCGAGGCUCGGGUAACCCAGGAGCUGAGAGCAUCGAGCAGUGCUGAACAGACGCCAGAAGCUGAGCCGCUCCUGACCUUUGUGGUGUCUGCCUCCCAGGCUGACCAGACUCUCACUGUGACCCCACUCCAGGAUUCCCAAGGCCUGUUCCCUGAUCUCCAUCAUUUUUUACAGGUUUUCCUCCCUCAAGCACUUCGAAUUCUCCUCAAGUGAAGACAGGGACGGCUAAAGGGCAAUAAAGCUGCUAGUUCAAUAAACACUAGUUUCCUCUGA